AUGCUGCAGGCCAGCGGCUACAGCCUCGUGCUCUCCCUGCAGCUCCUGCUGCUGACCUAUGACCUCUUCGUCAAUUCCUUCUCGGAGCUGCUCCGCUCAGCGCCCGUCAUCCAGCUGGUGCUGUUCAUCAUCCAGGACAUCGCGAUCCUCUUCAACAUCAUCGUCAUCUUCCUCAUGUUCUUCAACACGUUCGUCUUCCAGGCCGGCCUGGUCAGCCUGCUGUUCCACAAGUUCAAAGGGACCAUCGUGCUGACCGCCGUGUACUUCGCCCUCAGCAUCGCCCUGCACGUCUGGCUCAUGAACUUACGCUGGAAAGACUCGAACCGCUUUGUCUGGACAGAAGGACUGCAGGCCCUGUUUGUGUUCCAGAGGCUGGCGGCAGUGUUCUACUGUUACUUCUACAAGCGCACAGCCGUGCGGCUGGGCGACCCCCGCUUCCACCAGGACUCGGCUUGGCUGCGCAAGGAGUUCACGCAGGUCCGAAGGUGA